ACUGAGGUGGAAGUGGGAGUAGGAGGCCAGCCGAUGAGUGCGAGAGAGACAGGACUCGCCAGUCGUGACACCUGUGGUCGCAUAAGCCGCGUCGAGGCGCCUGUGUCGGUGCGAGCAGACAUGUCGUGGACGCCGCUCGUGUUCCUCUGCCUGGUGGCGUUGCAGGCCGGGCAGGCCGUCGGUGUGGAGGUAAGCGAUGUCGCUGUCGUCGCUGCUGUGCUCAACGUGACGAGCCCCUUCGCCGUGUUGUCGCAGCCCCAGUCCGGCGACUACAGCGACGAGGACGUGAAGCUAGCCGAGGCCUUGGACCGGCGCCUGCAGCGGUGCCUUGCCGGGCUGCCGGAGCUCGGGGACCUCGGACCGGCCGGCGAAGCGGGCGAAGCCAGCGACCUCCCCGACGUCGUCUGGCUGCCCGUGGCCAAGCUGAGGCAGUCCGGCACCCCGAGGCGGAGGCGGCCCGCGGACACGUGCCGCGAGGAGGCGAUGGACGUCGUCUGGGAGGAGGGCGACGCCGAGCAGGCGGCCGCCGCGGCCACCACGUGCCUCCUGAACCACUACCAGCACGUCGUGCACGGCGUCGACGGCCUCGCCCUCUCCGCCGCGCUCAGGAAGAGCCUCGACUGCGUGGCUGCAGAGCUCGAGCAUCGCCGGCAACGCCGGUGACCCUCAAGCGCAGUGUUCUACUCUGAAGAAAUUAGUGGGUCUCAUCUUUAAUGUCUCUGUGAAUUAAACGGACUUUCCUUUGUGUCAAAAAUGUUGAGAAGCAUUGGACCCGACGUAAUAAAUGAGCUUGCUGCGGCGGGAGACUUAUUGCGGGUGAA